AGCUAUAACCGGAUGGAUGCAUUUCCUCCGUCAUUUUUGAUCUAUAGUCUUCUAGUUUUUACAAGAAAUUGCUAAUUUUCUUUUUUAUACGCUUAUAAUUUAUUGAUGCUGAAUAUUAUAAAACAAUUGUAGCGGGAACUUAAUAUUGUUUCUUUCGUUUCCUAAAUUUUAUUAUAAGGAACCAACAUGUCUGGAGAUCCAGAGGUCACUCACACCCCAGAAGAAGAAGCAGAAGAAGAAAUCAAGUCUACAUACAAACCUCCACCAGAGAAGACUAUUGAAGAGAUCCUAGCCGCUGAUCAGGAAGAUGAAUCGUUAAGGAAGUACAAAGAGGCUCUAUUAGGGCAGGCGCAAGCAGGAACAGUUAUAGUAGAUGCGAACGACCCGCGGAAGGUCAUUGUCAAGAAACUAGCUCUAUGUGUGACCGGCCGAGAUGACGUCGAGUUGGACCUAUCUGGUGACCUCACAAAUCUUAAAAAGCAGGUGUUCGUGAUAAAAGAGGGCGUGCAAUACAGGAUAAGGAUUGACUUUAUCGUGCAGCGGGAGAUAGUGCACGGGCUCAAAUAUGUGCAGAAGACGUACCGAUUGGGAGUUCCAGUUGACAAGAUGACCCAUAUGGUGGGGUCGUACCCUCCCAAAACGGAGAUCCAGUCUUACACGACACCACCAGAGGACGCCCCAUCAGGCAUGGUCGCACGGGGCUCUUACACUGUCAACAGUCUUUUCACUGAUGACGACAAAAAUGUUCACCUUCAGUGGGAAUGGUGUUUUGAGAUCAAGAAAGACUGGAAGGAUUAGAGGGCUUGGCUCUUAUAAAAAAAAAAAAAACUGGAUUGGACGUUUACUUUGCUUCCUUAGCUUAUUUGUGCCAUAAAAAGGUUACACGUCAAAUUUUGGCGCCAAAGUUUCUUAAUGUCAUCUAGUUAUUUUCGAUGGAUUCAAAUUAAUUCGGACCGCGUAUUGAUACUAUUUUGUGUUGACGCUUCUAUCUAUAUAAUUUAAUUUGGAAAUUAUGAAAAAGUACAAUGUACUAGAUUAUAUUUAGUCGUCAGACAUGGCGAUAAUAAAUUUGAACAUAAUUAAAUGUCCAGUCCAGUUGUGUGUCGGAAAUGGUGGCUGACUGAAAAAAAAAAAUCUACUUAUAUUGACAGUUUAGACAUAAGAGUCAUUAGUAGUAGCCAUACAUUUCGUUUAGAUAUUUCAUUCUUUAAAAAUUGAGUGUAUUUGUGUAAAGUAUUUUUAAAAGAUUCAAAUGAGAUCAACAUUUAUGAUUAUGUAUAAAUUAAUGAAAUGAUUAUGUAAUGUGUAUUUUCUGUAUGUUUUAUAUAUAUAUAUGUAUAUCUAUAUAUGACGUAGCAAUAUUAUGUUAGGCAUUAUGUGUUAGCGAAUAUACGCUAUUCUUAUAUAAGCGUGAAAACUGUUCUUAGGUUUUCCUUAUCGUACGCUUUAAGCUGUACCAAAUACUUCGUGUGCGUCGGCGCGUACUGAAAAUUUUAAAUGUCACAAUAAAAAAAAAACACGUCAGACUUUGGCGGGAAAUCGUAAUGUUAGUAUCAGCAUAAGUUAUUUAUAGAAUAAAGCGACAAAAUCAUUACAUACUUGAUGUCGUAAUAUGUAAUAUCAAUCAAUACAUAGUAAAUAUGAUUUGCUAGCUAUAUAAGAAAAAAAAACAAAUGAAAUAUAAGGCAUAUUGGGCUUUGGGCUGUAUGACUAUGAUACCUUUGUCUGUCGCUACCGUAUAAUGGACCAAAUGAAAACUACAAAGAAAAUGGCGCACAAUUAUGAAUAUUGAAUAAAUUUUAGAAAAAGUUAUAUAAAAUUCAUAAAAAAUAAUAUGAACUGAUACUCGUUGGCGCUUAGCGUUAAGUUAUAUGAUCAUAGAGAUUUAAAAAAAAAAAAAAAAACAAUUGAUUAGACUAGAAAUUUUCAACCGCACCCGCGCAUACUAAGAUAUUAUUAUAAUAUUAGACAAGUCAGCCCACUAUUUCUUAAAGGCGACACUAGUGCUAUCAUUAGCAUUCCUACCUAUAGCAUUUUGAGUCAAACUAGGAUAUAAGAACACAUAUAGGUACAUAUUUAUAUACCUUUAUACGUUCUAUCCUUCUCCAACUAUGUUGGUGCGCUGUAAAUGUAAGCGAGACAAAUAUAUUUCGAUAAUUCUACAAAUCAUUGUAAGUACCAAAAGUUAGUAUUAAAAUAUAAGGGUAUUGGUGCACCAGAUAUGAGAAAUCUAUUUUUAAUAUUUCACAUAUUGCUUCAAAUAAACCAGUGUUGGUGACACUACCAAUGGCAAUAAUAAAAGUAUUAAUAUAUGUAAAUUUGCUGAUCCCUUGAAUAGUGUUUAAGUGUAAGCGGCAAUAAAAUACAUUGAACUCUUGGUGUAAUACUCAGAUGAGGUCCAAUACUAUUCUUUCUAUGAAAACAUAAUGAUAUUAUAGUUAUACUAGCGGGUCGUUGAACUCGUGCUCAAACAGUAACCAUAUGAUUAUUUCUAUAAUUACUUAACUAAGAUAAUGUUCUUUGAAGAAAUGUAACAUAUUACCAGGCGGAGAAUGAUAUGCGUUAGAGCGAGAUAGCACUACAACCGUUAAAAGUACGAUUGGCGCAUUAUCCUUCAAUGUGCCCAAUAAGCUCAUGUUACAAUCAAUUUGGAUUUACAUUUCUUGACUGUAAUUACAAAUAAUUCAAUAGAAUCUUGCUAGUUGCUAUCAAAUAAGAUGAUCAUUCUACAAAUAUCAAUGAAGUGUUUAUCAUUGAUGAUUUUUCGUUUGUUUUCAUUGAGUGUUGGACCGCAGAGUUAAAAUCAUCGUGUGAUGUAACCAUCGAUCAAGAAUACCAACUAGAUGUCCGGUUCGAAUAGAAGAAAUUACUGUUCUAUUAAUGGUUUGUCUCUGAGGUGCUAUUCUCUAAAAUUGGUAGUUUAACGAAAUUAUUAUUUUAUGGGCCACAGAGAGCUAAAUGUAAAGUAGUUCUGACUUAGUUCUAAUAUAAACUUUGUUUGUAUUGGUCCUUAGAGUAAUUAAUUUCAUAGUGAUGUUAAACUGAAAUUUCCCUUUUAGAGAUACAGUAUAGCACUUUGGUUGAGUUGAUACCAGUACCUUAGAUUCCAAUUCCUAAUUUAAUAAUUUAAAACUGCCUUAAUACGUUAACAUUUGCAUUUAAUAUUUAGGAAUAUUUGAACACAUAUCGACAGCGAAACUUGGGCAAUAAUAAGUCGGGUAUGUACAUACUAUUUACGUAUCCCUGGUUCGCUUCAAGUUUGGAUAAAUGUAUUUAAAUCUUUUAAGACAAUAUUAAUAAAUUUUCAGUGAGACGUUAUCACACAUGAGUUAUAUAUAUAUAUAUAUAUAUAUAUAUAUAUAUAUAUAUAUAGUUUGUGAGGCGUUAUCUGCGAUGUCACAUUUGCGAUUGUAAUUUGCGACAUCUAGUUGGUUUUAUUGAUCGUUGACAAAACAGCCAAGAAAGUAUUGCUUUAGCGUGGUAUGAGAGAUCAGAGGGUGCUUCAGUGUGUACCGCUGGUGCUCUUCUAUUAACAUAAGGAUAGCUUCCCUUUUAUAAAACCCUAGAACUACCCAUUGUAUACAAUUUAUUACAUUAUUGGUAUAACAUUAAAGCCCCGUAUUGAGUCUUGAUGAAGCUAGAACAUUCUCUAACUCUAGGGAUCUUCAGGUGGACUAGGACCAAUUGUUUUCUUCCAUACUUUUUGACUUAAUUAAUCGUCUGGAUUUUUCUUAGCACAUUUCAGACCCAGUAGUAGAAUCGUAAAAGGCGAAAAUUUUAAAAUGCUUGUAUUUAAAUAAAGAUCAUUGGAAUUUGUAUGUAUUUGUUUUAGCGCAGUGUUACCCAUGUCUGUCCUGUUACGGGACUUAUAAACUAUAAUAUUAAUUUCAUAUUUAUCUUUAAACUGUUUCACAGUAUUUGUGAACAAUAUUGCAAGUUGGUCGUGAUCUAUAAAUCUAUUUUUAUUAAGUAUUUCUCUUUCUUUCAGUACAGAACUAUCUCCAGAAGUUUUUUUUUUUUUUAUUCUUAAAAUUGUACAAAAUCUAUUUCUGAUAUUCUACCUCACAUUCUGGUCACUGUAUUAUCCAAAAAAAAAAAAUAUAAUAAAGCGUCAAGUAGUAUCUACAGAGCUAAAAUCUACUGAAACACCACUAACGCCUCCAGUUCGCGCUCAACGGGCCGAGGUGCAGUCACACUCGCGCUCGCGUGACAGCCGCUCACUAUUAAUGGUCCGGAAUGCUCCCGAAACUAGUUUUUCGACCUAAUUACACAUGACUUUUAAUAAUAAAAUACGGAAGCUUAUUUAGCAAAUCACUGCAGAUUUCUUGUCGCGUAAUAUAUUUUGUUGUGUUUUUUUACAUUCUUUCUGCCAUACUACUUACUAUAUAGAAAAGAUUUAUGUCCACUCUUCUCAAGCUUCAAUACUGGGCCUUUUGUUUAGUUCGUGCUAUUUUUUUUUAUGUGAAUUUUAUAUUGUUACUUUAAUUAUUUCAGUGUCUUAAAAGUUUGAUGCAAUGUAAUAGUUUGGCCAAAAUAAAGCUUAUUUAUUCAUAA